CCAUGAGUUAACCCCCGCCCGGGGGCGAGACUCCGGCGGAUGGAGCAAGCAGCCCAACGCACAUUGAUGACGCCAUCACCAUCGAGCCACAACAAAAACAACAACAGAGCUCAGCUGUUCGGAUGCUAACUAGCCGGGACCCUUACUGACCACGUAUCCUCACGGCUUUUACGUUUUAACUUUGUUUAACCAGUUUAACCGUUUUUAAUGCGUCGCUUUAUGAGAUGAAAUAUAGUAACAUUGGGAAUAACGCGCUUUAAUUAUCUUUAAUUUUAAUUCCUUUGUCUGUUUGCCUGCUAGCUCCUAGCAGCUUAGCUUUUUUUUAACCGAGGACGAGGAGGAAGCCAGUUCGAGAAAAAGACUCCACAGGACCCAAGAUAUUUAUGGCAAAGCUGGACCACAAGACCACCCGGUGGAGAUUCUGACCUCCACCAAUGACCAGCAUCAUCAUCUCCUCAUCUGCCACCAUGUCCCCACGGAAGAGACACCUGGUCCCCGUGAGCAGCCGGCGCAAAGCGGCAGAUGACUUCUUCCCUUUCAACUUCCUGCCGGUGGAGUGCCAGCUGCACGUCCUGUCCUUCCUGAACGAGGUGGACAAGUGCAGCUGCGCUCUGGUUUGCCUGAGCUGGAGCUGCCUCGUCCGCUCCUGGAAGCUGUGGAGGGUGGCGGACUAUUCCCGACGCGGUGUCUUCCACCUGGGUCAGGAGGGGCUGCUGGUUUCCAACCGCGAGUUUGAGAGGUGGAAAGCUUGGGUGCACCAUUACACCCACCACCUCAUCUCCCGCCGGGCCAGUCUGCUCACGCUGAAGGCCAGCUUCGACCUGGGGGAUCGCUUCAACAAGUGGAGCGAGCUGCUGAGCCACCUGCUGAACAAUGUUCACUGCAGGGACCUCAGCCACCUGGAUCUGAACUGGACCUUCACUCUGCUGGAGCCGCUCGACCUCAAGGUCCACUCCAGCUCCAGUUCACACCAGGACAGCAUCACCAAAAUGGACCAGGUGACCAGUUUCCAGGAGCUGCUCACUGAGCUCACUCAGAGCUGCCCACGCAUCUCCAAGCUGCGGCUCCACUUCGACUGGUCGGACGUGUCCGUGUCGCUGCUCACCCAGUUCCAGCAUCUGCGAGUCCUCGAGCUCAAAUACUUCUGGGUAUUCAAAGGAGUGACUCCCUCGACGCUGCAGACCUUAACCAACUCCCUGCCCAACCUGAAGUCUCUGACGUUGCACAUCCUGGUGCCGCUGAGGAAUCUCGGCAUCUCGUACACCCUGGAGUCUCCGUCUCUGGAGUUCCUGGACGUGUCGCCCAGCCGAGGCUUAGUCUUCUCCUGCCUGAAGCUGCCCGUCCUGCGUGAGCUUCGUGCCAAGAAGAUCGUCCGUGGUAUCACGCUGGACCGGAGGACCAGGCUGAGGAUUCAGCACCGCUGGCCGUGCUUGUACCACGUCCUCCGGGAGGGGACGCCAAAGCUUCAGGCCCUAAACAAUGAGAGGCUGCUUCCCACGUGGAGAGAGGAGAGCUACGGGGAGCUGUCGGCCAUCCUGGAACAGUCCUGUUACUGCGUUCAGCAUCUAGACAGCUGGCUGUGGUAGUGACCUGAAUGAGCUGGCAGAUUCCAGAAGAAAGCAAUAGAUGAUUCUCACACAUCGUUUUUAUUUUCUGAACGUGCCUCAUAGGAACACAUUCAUGCACAUAAGGCUGCAGAUAAAACUCAGACUUGAAUUAUAAUCAAAUGACUGCAAGUUGUUUCCAAAACAUUGACAAGACGAUGAUGAGCAACAUCGUUUUUAUUUUAACUCUGUUUGUCGAAUAUUUCCAAAAAAGCAAAGAUGCUUCGUGCUGAUUUCACCGACUCGUGUUGGUCUGGAUUCAUUUCACUGCUGGAAAAGUGACAUCGAUGACAUCUUGACCUGACGUGUGUAGGCCCAUGUAUUAUCAAAACACUGGUGGCUUCUCCAUGUUGUGGAUAGAUGCCUUUAAACUAAAGCUGCUCUCAGACUUGAACUCUGCAAAAUGCUCCAACGUUGGUCUUUUCCAUGUGAAGCAGCAGCAGGUUGUCGGGUCCGACUCGUUCACAACAACAGGAACAUGUGGGAGCAUUCAGGGGAGGGGCGAAGCCUGUAUAACAGCAGGAGGCCGGACAUGACGCAUACGUUCUGCUGUGGAAAGAUCAGUGUUGUUGUUUACAGCUCAUCCACUUCGGCAUCAGCCAUUAUCACCAAAAGCUCUGGAAUCUCCUGACAUAUUAGUUUUCUUCCGGUUUCACCUCCGUCACGUGUUAGAAACAUCAUCUACUCUGCUCACGGUUCCUUCUCUGGACAUUUUCCUGAGGUGUUUUCAGAUGGACUCACUCUCACGUUUUCUGAAGAUCACUCUAGGGGACUGUCAGCAAAGGUUCCAGAAAAGUUUCAGAUCAAUACACCCAGAUUCUUGGGUUCUCUCCUGUAGCCCCUCUGGAAAAUCUCAGGAAAAUGUCCAGACUUCAGCGCAGCUCUGAAAGCAUCAUGAGUGAAAACAGUGCUCUGGGGCUGAGGGAUUGUUUGACCCUUCAGAAUAAAGGCAAACAUAUUUGAACAUUUUAGUUUGAAGUCAGUGUUCAGUAAAAGUUGUCAUUUCGGAAUUUAAAUCCCUUAAAGUUUUUUGAGAAGAAACCCAGUACGUCAGGAAUAAAGUCCUGAAUCAUUUCAAGGAAGUUUAAAUUUCAUUAAAUAAACAGUUUUGGGAAUUAAAAUAUCACAACUUUAUACUUAUUUUAUUAUUGUUAUAUUCCUACUUUUUCUGAAAUUUUACCAAUGGAAUAUUACGUCUUUCUCAUCGAAAUAUUUGAACCUUUAUUAAAAAAUAUUCCUUAAAAAAAAAUGAACAAUAUUUUUGCCUUUAUUCUAAGUGUCAGAUUAUCAAGAAUAUAAUUUCCUCAAUUGUGGAAAAGCGCUUUGUACUGUACUGUAUUUUUACUGUUGUCAUUCGGUCAUCGAUGGAAUUCAGUAAUUCAGUAUUUAACCUUAGACGAACAUUUAAUGUUUCUGAUUCAUGAAGCUUUCAAAGAAAACUGCUCAAUAUAGAUGAGAGAUAUUUAAAAUGGAGGCUUAAGUGAUCGUGUGCUCAAAGACACGAUAAUUGUAUUAAAAAAAAACUAUGAAAAUUUUGGCAACAGAUGAAAAAUGGUCAUCUGUGGAAAGGAAAAGGCUCAAAUGUCCUUUAACUCAAUCACACUCUAAAUCUAAGUGAACAAUGAGUCCACACGAAGAUAAGAUUAAGAUGGCCUCUUUUGGGUUGUUGUGUGAUCUUGACUUUGAUUUUGUGUUUUUCCUUUUUAAGGCAACACUACGUUACUGUUACUGAUCAAACUCACUUUAAUCAAACUGCUGCUUUGAGGUGAAACGUUGCAAAGUGUUGUUCUAAUGCAGAGAGAGAGCUAACUUAUGGAUUUCAUGAAUCAUUGAACCGUCUCUUCCAAAUCAUUUUUUAUUUAUGAUCAGGAAAUUCCAAUUUAUUUAUGUUGUGAAAUGUUACUGUCGUCCUCUUUUUACCUUAGAGCCUCAAACUGUUCUGGAGUCAGUGCCUUUGCAGUUCUGGUCCUCGCCAGUAGGGGACGUUCUCGUCCAAGAGUUGGCGAACAUGAACUCGUGCUUCAGUCCCUGCAGACGUGUGCAUGAGGGUAUUUAUUUUCUCCAGCGUGCACAGAAUCAAUGUGUGCGUGUGUGUGUAUGUGUGAUUGUUGAUGUCAUGAGACGUUUGAGUGUAAAACAUUCCACAAGAUCAUCCAUAAAUGAUUGUGCUCGUA